CCGAAGGGGUCUGCAGUGACCCGAACGCGUCCGAACGGACCCGAACCGGACCCGAAGUGCUCCGAAGAGCUCUGCGGUCACCCGAACGGUUCCGAACGGACCCGAAGAGUUCCGAAGGGGUCUGCAGUGACCCGAACGCGUCCGAACGGACCCGAACAGACCCGAAAGUACCCGAAUCGGACCCGAAGAGUUCCGAAGAGACCCGAAGGGGUCUGCAGUGACCCGAACGCCUCCGAACGGACCCGAAGAGUUCCGAAGAGCUCCGAGGUCACCCGAACGCUUCCGAAGGGACCCGAUAGUACCCGAACCGGACCCGAAGUGUUCCGAAGGGGUCUGCAGUGACCCGAACGCUUCCGAAGAGACCCGAAGAGUACCGAAGAGACCCGAAUCGGACCCGAAGAGACCCGAAGUGCUUUGCGGUGACCCGAACACCUCCGAACGGACCCGAACGGACCCGAACCGGACCCGAAGGCCUCCGAACGGACCCGAACUGGACCCGAAGUGUUCCGAAGGGGUCUGCAGUGACCCGAACGUUUCCGAACGUUUCCGAACGGACCCGAAGAGCCCUGAAGGGUCCCCACGAAGAGGCCCGAACCGGGCCCGGCCCGUCAUGGCCUUUAUGGGCCCCGCUCUGCUCCUCCUCGGCCUCUUAAUGGCUCCGGGGGUCUCGGGGGGUUGCGUGGAGGUGGAUUCGGAGACUGAAGCUGUAUUGGGAGCCCCAUUCAAACUGCUUUGUAUCGCCUGUAAGAGACGCAGUGAGACCCCGGCUGAGGCUGAAGGUGAAUGGUUCUUCAGGGCCGAGGGAGCCCCCGAGUUCACCAAGAUCCUCCAUUACACAGCCGAGGAGAGCUCUAUGCAUCCCUAUGG